UGGUUGAUGUGGUUUAAGAUCAUCGAACAGAGAGUGUCAGUGAUACUACUUUGCUCAUUUUCAGGAUCUUGGUUCUUUCGCUGAUUCCCUUGGAUUAAUAUCUUUCGUCGCUUCGCCGACAGUGAGGGUGAGAAAAGAGGUGGGAAUCGUUGGUGGGAAUGUUGUACUAGUCACGGAGGGGCUAGGUGACGCGCGUUGGAAAGAUUUCAACAGGAAGCUGAAGUCCGAGAAUAGUCCUUAAAGAGCUAAGGGUAUAUAGAUGGCAUCUCGGUUCCGUUAUUGAAUCGGAGUACUGGUUCAGAUGAGCGAGUGAGUGUCGAUCGAGCGGACGACCCUUCUUUGAAAGAAGAAAUCGACAGAAGAAAUCGAAAGAAGAGAUCGAGAGAGAGAGGGUAAAUUUGCGAGGGAAAAGGAUGAACUGGAAGAGAGGAAUCAUUGAUGGGAAGAUUCGGGCCGGUAGCAAAGCAGUAGCGAAGCAGACUUGGUUGUCAUCGAAGCGUUCGAAGCGGUAGGCCGAUCUCGUUUCAAGGGAGAAAACGUAUGACGCGCGGCGGCGGAGACAACGAGAAACAUCAUACGGGAGCGCGUUACAUACAUGGGUACUAAUUGGAUCGUUGCAUUGAUGAUCGCCUGGCUAACUUGUUCGGUGAAUGGGAAAGUGACUUGUCGCGAGGUGCAACUGGCCCGCGACUGCGAAGCCCUUUGCAAGAAAAAUCGUUACGGUACGAUUUCCUGCGAGUUGAGAGUAGCUGUUCUAUUACCGGCGGAUCCGAGUUUUGAUAUCGCGUUACCCAAAGUUCUUCCGGUGCUAGAUUUGGCCGUUUACGAAGCCAGAGCGCGAAAUUUGUUACCCUACUGGUUGAAGCUAAAAUUCCUUUCGCAAGACGAUCACUGCGAUGCAACGUACGCUCAGAUCGGCGCAAUCGAUAGCUUUUCGAAUUGCGUUCAUCUGUUUCUUGGGCCUGCCUGUGAUUAUUGCGUAGCGGCUGUUGGCAGAGUGGUGAAAUUCUUUGGUUCACCGUUAAUUACAACCGGUGGAUUUACCUUCGAUUUCACGGAAAAGAAGACCGAAUGCAAAGACGAAUACUUUAUGACAACGCGAAUCGGAAAUGUGGCCUUCAGGGAUCUCGCCAAUUUCAUCGUCGCUUUGAUGAAUCGAUACAAGUGGCGGAAGGUGCAUUUGGUGUACGCGACCAAUGGACAAUGUCAAGUCGCCGGUAGACACACUUGUCAGCUACUGAUGAAAUCAAUGGUGGAGUUUAUCAAGAAGGAGCCAAACUUUACGUUUGGCACUUUCGACGUGGAAACCACCGUGUCCGAGGAUUAUUCAGAGGUGUUGCAAAAUCAUGUGGGCAACUGGUACGGUGUCGUAGUGAUGUGCGCCAAUUCGACGACUAUCAGAGAAAUUCUUCUGGCUGCCGAACAGCUCGGAAUGGUCGAUUCCGGAGAAUACGUGUUCUUUUCUAUAGAGCUUACGUCCAGCGACAGCGACUCGAAGGAACCAUGGAAGGUGGAAACCGACACGGCGGAAAGAAACGAAAAGGCUCGAAAGGCUUAUCAGGCACUGUUGACGGUCACCGCUCGAACCCCGGAUAAUAUCGAGUAUUUGAACUUUUCGCGAGAGGUGAAAGCUCUCGCGCAAUCCAACUACAAUUUCACCUUCGGAAACAACUCUGUUUCGACCUUCGUAACUGCCUUUUACGACGCGGUUAUACUUUACGCUCUCGCUCUCAAAGAGAUCUUACCGGAGCAUCCUGGCAGGGUGAACUUGGACGGCGGUAAUCUCACCCGAAGAAUGUGGGGUAGAAGUUUCAAAGGUAUAACAGGGGAUGUGAAUAUCGACGAGAACGGGGAUCGAAUAGCGGAUUAUUCACUUCUCGACAUGAACCCGAAAACGUCCAAGUUCGAGAUUGUCGCCCAUUACUACGGUGCCAAUAAGACGUUACGAUACGUACCUGGGAAGAGGAUACACUGGUCGGGUGGUCGAUCGGUACCACCGCCGGAUACACCAACCUGCGGCUUCGACGGUUCCCUCUGCCCUGACAACUCUCUACCGGGACACGCGAUACUCUCGAUGGUAUUGAGCUCCAUCGUCGUUCUUCUCAUCGUUGCCUCGGUCUUCAUUUACAGACACUUUAAACUCGAAGCGGAAAUAGCCUCCAUGACGUGGAAGGUACACUGGGACGACAUUACUAUUGCCGUGCCGUAUGCAAAAACGCGAGGUUCCAUGUACUCGUUGAUCGCAAGCAGGAUGCGCGGUAGCGAUCUGACCAUAUACUCGGACGAAAACGUCAGUUUACCGGGUGAAGUGGAUAGAAACGUCUACAUACCAACGGGAAUUUACAAGAACUCUAAGGUUGCCAUAAAACUGAUACCGAGGAACAAGGUGGAAAUCUCGCGGCCUCUGCUGCUCGAACUGAAAAGGAUGAAGGACCUUCAACACGAUCAUUUGGUGCGGUUUUAUGGUGCCUGCGUCGAACCUCCGCAUUGCUGUCUCUUGACCGAAUAUUGCCCGAAAGGAUCGCUUCAGGAUAUAUUGGAAAACGAACAGAUCAAACUGGAUCGCGUGUUUCGAGGAUCCCUUAUUCACGACAUCGUUCGAGGAAUGGCGUAUCUUCACGCAUCCGAGGUGAAGAGUCACGGUAACUUAAAGUCCUCCAACUGCGUGGUCGAUUCACGAUUUGUCCUUAAAAUUACCGACUUUGGAUUGCACGAGUUGAGAAGAGCGAACUACUUCGAAACGGACGACGACAAGACCAGUUACGCCUAUUGGAAGGCACAGUUAUGGACGGCUCCGGAAUUAUUGGGAAUGGAAGGACAUCCACCCGAGGGUACGCAAAAAGGAGACGUGUACAGCUUUGCCAUAAUCGUCCAUGAAAUCGUGGUACGCCAGGGACCGUUCUACUUGGGCGACAACUACGAUUACUCCCCAAAGGAAAUCGUGGAAGGAGUGAAAAGGGGUGGAGGUUCUCCGUUGAGGCCUACGAUCGACGAGUCGGCGGUCGAGGAAGAAGUUGCUACCUUGAUGAGGAAAUGUUGGGCACAAGACGCCGCGGAUAGACCAGAUUUUCCAGCGCUCAAACAGACAAUUCGGAAGAUUAACAAAGAUUACGAGAGCAGUAACAUCCUCGAUAAUUUGCUAUCCCGUAUGGAACAAUACGCCACGAAUUUGGAGACCCUGGUGGAGGAACGUACCGCGGAUUAUCUCGAAGAGAAACGUAAAUGCGAGGAACUUCUAUACCAGUUGUUACCAAAAUCUGUCGCUUCCCAGUUGAUAGUCGGCCAGAGCGUGAUAGCCGAAACUUAUGACCAAGUGACCAUCUACUUUAGCGACAUCGUAGGAUUUACCAAGCUCUCUGCCGAGAGUACACCUCUCCAGGUCGUAGAUUUACUCAACGAUCUGUACACGUGUUUCGACUCUAUCAUCGAAAACUUUGACGUUUACAAGGUGGAGACGAUAGGCGACGCGUAUAUGGUAGUGUCAGGAUUACCAGUGAGAAAUGGAACGAACCAUGCCAGAGAAAUUGCGAGGAUGAGCUUAGCGUUAAGAGAUACCGUGAUGACCUUUAGUAUACGUCACAGACCAACAGAACAACUAAAGCUUCGAAUUGGAAUGCAUUCCGGACCUUGCGUGGCUGGUGUAGUUGGUCUAAAGAUGCCUAGAUAUUGCUUGUUCGGAGACACUGUCAACACCGCGUCUAGGAUGGAGAGUAACGGAGAAGCAUUGAAGAUUCACGUUAGCCCGAAAACGAAAGAAAUCUUGGACACUUUCGGGACAUUUGAACUCGUUUGUAGAGGCGAGGUUACCUUAAAGGGUAAAGGCACCAUGACCACGUACUGGUUGAUCGGUGAAAAGUCUAUCGAUAACAACGUUCAACAAGCAAAUGCUUCGUCGUCAACGUUGAUACCUGUGACAACGAUAACGGCGGCAACCACGACGAUAAUAACGACGACGACGAUGACGGCAACAGCCAUGACAACGAUUGCAACGCCGAGCAAUCAAAUUUUGGCCACAACAAUCGAUCAAUCACGAUCGUGUGUCGAUCAUCCAAAUGUCGUAGCGCAGCAUCGACCGGAUCAAACAAAGGUGCAAGAUGUACGAUCCUAUUUGUCGACGCAACAGAAUUGCCAGGACCAAAAUCAUCGAGUCGUUCAGAAAGGGCGCCAAGAACAGCAACGAUCACAAACGAAUCAGCAAAAGGGUCAGUUUCGACAACAGGUUACGAGUCAACGCGAUGCUUCGAUGCAAAAUCGGAAAGUAGAUAGCAAAGAUAAAAGUGAUUGCGAAGGCAGUCGCGAUAUUGGUAAUGAAAAUUGCGAUAGUGGUGGCGAUGGCGGUGGAGAUGGAGAUAGAGGUGGUGGUGGAGGUGGUGGCAGUGGAGGUUGGAAUAACAAUAAUAGUGUUGGAAACAACGGCGGGGGCGUGUUUGCAACCGGAAACGGCGUAGCUAGUCACGGUCGUACGAUAGGCAACGGUUCGCCAUCCCGAAAUCGGUCGUCUAUCGGGUCGACGCUGUCGACCAACGUCAUUUCCCAAGGUCGACGUUCCUAUCAAGCCGGCGAAAAUGUGCCGAAUCACACGGAAAGCGGUCCAAACGCACCGCUUCUGGUACCCACGACACCCCCUUCGCGAGUCUAGUUCCAUUUCUCUCGACUCUUGUAUCACCCGACACUUUCCGAUCUUCCGUCGAUAAAUCGACCUCAUCCGUAACACGUGUACCAUCGUUUCGCGUAGAGUAGCAGCCAAGCAACUUCCGAUCGGCGUCUCCGAUCGAAAUUUGGGUCCACAUGUUCGAAAGUAUGCCUUUCGAAGUAAAAAUAAACAUUACGGGAACACGAUCGUUAUUUAUUGUAUCGAGGAGAGAAGGGGCUGGCAUACAUCUCGGUGGGAAAAGAGAGAGACUGUUACUUCUUCGUUGUGAU